CGUACCACUAUACAUAUCAGAUUCGUAGCCCACCAGAAUCAACUGAAGUAAUUAAUACACUUAGUCAAUUGUUGAAGUGUAAUUAUACCGGACUUCAAGAAUAUCUCGAACAUUCAAAAGAAUCAGAUAAUCAAUUCCUCCGUGCUCACACGAUACCGUUGUGGAAAUAUUGUGAUUAUAAUAUUGAUAGUAAUUUAUGCUGGGAUCCAAAUUUUCUAAAUUCAUUCUGUCGCCUGUUUCCGAUUCAAACAAUGAAAAUAGUACGAUUACGUGCCGCAUUUGCAGAGUCUCUUUUUAAAGAUCCAGCAUUAAAUGUGAAGGUUGUGUUAUUGAUUCGUGAUCCUAGAGGAACAAUGGCAUCACGUAAGCCUCAUUCCUGGUGCGACAGGCCAGACUGUAAUACUUCUGCAAAGUUAUGUAAAGACCUGGUAGACGAUUUUAAAUCGGCGAAAAUCUUAAUAAAUAAAUAUCCAUCACGGUUUAAAGCAAUACGAUACGAAGAUUUAUCAUUGAAUCCAUUCAAUAUGACAAAAGAAAUUUUUAACUUUUACGGGAUGCCAUUCGAUCAGAAUAUUGAAAAUUAUUUGGAUUCACAUACACGUUCAAGCGACAGUGAGGACUAUUCAACCUUUCGGGACUCAAAAAAAACACCAUUCUCGUGGAUGCGUAAUAUGAGCUGGAAUGAAACUGAUGAUAUUCAGAAGCAGUGUGCCGAAGCUAUCUCAGUAUGGGGCUACAAGUUAGCCGACUACAAAGACGCGUUGAACUCUACGACCUUCAAUCCCUUAAAUCAAUUUCCAUUCGCCACACAAAAUGUUGAUUCGAAUUAG